AUGGUGAGAAGAGUGAAUGUUCUCUUCAACAACGUAGAGAGGGAAAAUGACGCUGGUGGAUUCACUCAAGAGCAAAGUACACCAAACAGGAUUGUCAGCAACAGUGUAAUCCUCAAUCUCAAAGCAAUGUUUGAGGAAUUCUCUAAUGUUUUCUCUGAAAGGGCCGGAAUGAAGAGCCAUGGGUGGUGGUCGAGGAGGACUAGAGUUGUUAAAAGUGGAAAAAGGAGAGGUUCUUUUUCGUUUCUUGCAAGCUUAAAAAAUGUUCCGGUACAGGAAGCUGCUGAUCAGAAAAUCGAAGCACUACCCAAGUCAAAUAGUGCAACAAACUGGACAAUCAAUGUUUCAGAUGUUAGAACAGUUAAAGUUAGCAACAUUUCGUUAACUGCUACUGAUGGGGAUAUUAAAGAGUUUUUCUCCUUCUCUGGAGAUGUUCUAUAUGUCGAAAUGCGAAGGGAAAGCGAAACAACUCAGCUUGCCUAUGUUACCUUCAAGGAGUCACAGGGAGCUGAUACGGCAAUGCUUCUUUCGGGAGCCACUGUAGCCGAUCUUUCUGUUUCUAUUACACCCGUUGAGGAUUAUCAACUGCCCCCUGAAGCUCUUUCAUCGAAAUUGGACCAAAAGCCACCUGUUACUGAUUCUGCCGUCAAGAAGGCAGAAGAUGUGGUGAGCACCAUGCUUGCCAAGGGCUUUGUAUUGGGGAAGGAUGCCCUCAACAAGGCCAGAGCCUUUGAUGAACGUAUUCAUCUGUCUUCAAAUGCCUCUGCAACAGUUGCUUCAAUUGGCCAUAAGAUAGGUCUGAGUGAAAAGCUAAGUGUGGGUACAGCUGUGGUGAAUGAGAAGGUUCGGGAGAUGGAUGAGAAGUUCCAUGUGCUUGUAAAGACGAAAUCUGCCCUUUCAGCUGCUGAGCAGAAGGCAAGCAGUGUAGGAUCUGCCAUCAUGAGCAACCCUUACGUAUCCACAGGAGCUUCAUGGGUUUCGGGUGCACUUACUGCAGUGGCAAAGGCAGCUGAGGAUGUGAGCGUGAUGACUAGGGAGAAAGUUGAAAAAGCUGAAGAGGAAAAAAUGGCAAUUCCAGUCAGCGAGAGGACCUCAGCGCACAUCCAUCAUGAUAGGUCUCCAGCAGGAGAGCCUCCAAUGCUUCCAAAUGAUCCAGCAGAUAGCAAGCUUGCAAAUAUAUGA